AGCAUAUCCUCUCCACUGCAUGUGAACUGGCUCCGUCACAACUCACCAGCAACGCGAACCCAUGAACUUGGACAGACAGGUCUGCCGAUAUUGGAAGUCUUGAUCCAACUCCAUUUUAGGAGGAACCUUAGCACAGACUCGUGGUGUCACAACGCGAAAUCUCUGCCUCUCGAAAAAUGUCGUCGACUAAGCGGAAAAUGCCACCAGCCAGUCUGUUGCAGCGGAGAGUCAGACCACGAUAUGAACCGGAACCUGAAUCUGAUAUCGAGGACGAUGUGAGCGAGGCGCCUAGUGAGGAGGGUGUUGGUUCUCUCGGGUCGGAUGAGGAGGACGAGGACCUCAGUGAGGAUGAGUCAAGGAACAGUGGUGAUGAGGGAAGGUCCGAUGAAGCGUCAGAAUCGGGGUCGGGGUCGGAUGAGGACGAGGAUGAGGAUGAGGACGAGGAAACGCCACAAGUCGACGCCUCGCAGCUCUCAUUUGGUGCCCUGGCAAAAGCUCAAUCUGCUCUGGGUUCUUCAUCUAGGCGGCGUCGGGCUGACGCUGCAAACGAGAAGGAGGGCGACGGGUCCAUGCAACCCACAAGAGGCGACCGCGGGGCCAAGAAGAAGAAGCCAGAGAAGGAAAAGCGCCCCAGUAAACACGCCCCUGCCGUCGCGAGCAGCAAGUACCCUGUGUCUCGCAAGCGCGACUUCCUCACCGUCACGGCGGUGGAGCUCAAGAAACCGCAGCCGCGAGACCCGCGGUUCAUGCCGCUCGGCCCGGGCGCGACCACGUCCAGCAGCACCAGCACCAGCCACAAGAUCGACGAGAUCAAGGCGCGCAAGGCGUACGCCUUCCUGGACGAGUACCGCGAGUCCGAGAUGCGGCAGCUGCGGGAGGCGAUCAAGAAGACCAAGAACGCGGCGCAGCGGGAGGAGCUGCAGAAGGCGCUCAUGUCGAUGGAGAGCCGUAAGAAGGCGCAGGAGCGCAAGGACAAGGAGAGGGCCAUCAUCGAGGAGCACCGCAGGAAGGAGAAGGAGCUCGUCAAGCAGGGCAAGAAGCCGUUCUAUCUGAAGCGGUCGGAGCAGAAGAAGCGGCUGCUGGUGGACCAGUUCCAGCACAUGAAGAAGAAGCAGGUCGACAAGGUCAUUGAGAGGCGGAGGAAGAAGAUUGCCGGGAAGGAGAAGAAACUGCUGCCUCUUGCGCGGAGAGGCGCGGAGGAUAGGUAAAGUAGUAGGAUAGUUCGGUGCUGGCGGUUGAGAGCAAAAGGAUUGAAAAUUGCAGGUCAUAUCUGAUAG